GUGUUUAAUGCCAUUUGUGACCUGUACAGAGAAGGACUCAAGGCUUUUUGCACUACCUGCAGCCAGCAGGUAAGCUAAAUUUAUUCAAAAGAGAGUGACUAAUCAACAAAUCAAUGUUUAAUGUUAAGAUUAUUAGCCUACAUUUAUUGCACAUUAUAAAACUUUAUUUGAAGGAAACAAAUGCAUUAAAAUAAUUACCUAUGUUAUGAGUUAAGCCUUUUAAUAUAUGGUACUUAACAGUACUAGCAGAAAACAACAGCAUUAGAUAUUGAUGUUAAUAUGAUUAAAUAGUUCCCAGGUGUAAUGAGUGAUGAGCAGUUGAGACAAGCCCGACAUUCUGUCAGUCAGCUUAUUGACCAUGACAUCAGCGCCAUGUUUGACAAUUUAGAGGUUUGUUUUAUAUGUCUUAUAAUCAUAUAAUAUUUAAUGCCAUGAAGAAAUUUAACUUUAAGCUCAGUGACACUAGAAAGUCUGAUGGCACACUUUUGUUGGUACCGUUAUAAGAUAAGUUGACAUGUGUGACUUGUGCUAGUGCUGUUCCAGAUGCAGCUGCAACAUUAUGUGUACAAUCUUUAUCCCAUAAAUUCAAAUCAUAUCAAUGAUAAGUUAAUGAUAAGUUAACAGUUUUUGUUUAAAUUUUUUUUUAAAUUAUGAAAUGAAAGUGAUUAAAAUUCAAUGCUGUAUGUCACUUUUUUUUUUGUUUUUUAACUAGCGUUGACAAGAUAAUAACACAUUUAAUGUGUGUAAUUAAUAACUACAAUCAUUGUAAUGGAUAUAAAUAAUGUAAAUUUUGUUUUGGAUAGAGCUACUUACUGGAACGAGUGUUUACCAUUCCUGAGAAUGUUGUAUUGCCAGAAGACAAAUGCCAGAUUUUACAUAGUAGUGCAGACAGUUACGAUCAAAUAGAAGAUAAAAAAAAUGAGUUGAAGAAAAAAAUUAUUGCUGUAAGUAAUGAUGAUCAGAGCUAUUUUAAAACAUUAUUCUCUUAAUAAUUCAUAUUUAGUUAAUUCAGAAUUAGUUGUUGUUUUAAAAAAUUGUAAGUAUGAAUAUUAUGAAGAAGAAAAAUUAUUAAAAUUCUUUGGGACCAAAAUUAUCUGUUUGUAAUGUUACUGAAAUAAUCAGUCAUUAAAUUGCUCUGAACAGAUGUUUGGAUAAUAGCAUCCAUAUAUUUUUACUUUUUAUUUACAUUUGUCCUUAAUAUUAUUAUCUACCUCAGGACUGAGGAAAUGAGUCUUAAACUAUCUUAUUUAUUGUUACCUGUAAUAAUGUUUCAGGUAAAAUAUGCUAAUGCACAGUUAAACCAAAACAUAGCAGAUGCCAGUGCAUUACAAAGCACACUGGAUGAGGUACUAAAGCAAAUGUCAGAUGGGAACAUUUCAAGGCUUGGAGGUAACCACUAAUAAAAUAGCAAUAGAACUAAACAUUAUGUUACUAACAUAAUUUGAUGAAAUUUUUAGAAUUACCAAAACUUCCUUUGAAAAAUCGAAACUCACACAGAGAAAUAUAAUUAAGAUUUUGUAAAAUAUAAAUUUGUUGAAAUUGAAUUAUAAAAGAAUAGUAAAUAAAAAAAAUUGUUUCAUUACCGUACUUUUAAUCUCUGAAAAAUUUUUACAACCUUUAUCAGUUGUCAAAAUUAAUUUUAAUUAUUAGACUUGUAUUCCCAACUGAUGAGUGGACUUGACCAGGAGUAGUUUGGCAUGGUCAAUUUCACAAGGUGACAAUUUACUUUGAAUUACACAAUUUAGAUUUCUGUCUUCUUAAUUGACAUAAUUUUUCAAUUUUUUCAGCUAAAAAUAUAAAAGACUGGCUAUCCUAUUACAGUGAACAGCUAAUAAAACUCAACCAGAAAUGAUUGUGGAAUUUAAUGGGUAUCAAAUCUACUAGAUUCAGUGUAAAUAUUUUAGUAGUUUUCUCAUGUUUUUUAAUGUAGAAGCAGAACAAGUUUGAUUGCAAAGAAUGAAAAAUUAUUGUUACUUGACCCAAGGAAGAAAAAGAGGUGCA